GUCGUGUUUCAUGAAAUCGACCAAAUUUUUUUCAGACAUUAACGGAUCAGCCACUGAACGGAUUUGUCUCAAACAGUUGAAGAAAAUGAUUCACAGGCUUUUGUUCUGUUUAUGUUUUUUCAUCUGAUCGACGCUGAAACAGAUGAGAUCGUGUCAGCGAUGGAGGGAGGUUCUUUCACUCUCCAUACUGGUUUUACUGAAAUACAGCAUGAUCAUGAGAUCGAGUGGCGCUUUGGAUCGAGCAGAACUCUUAUAAACACAGCAGGGAAGAGGAACCUUCUUCCGAAAUUCAAAGACAGAGUGCAGAUCCAAAGACAGACUGGAGAUCUCACCAUCACAAACAUCACUAAUGAACACACUGGAGUUUAUGAACUAAGCAUCGAUUUCGGACAAAGAGAGUUGCAAAAAAAAUUCAUUGUCACUGUUUAUGCUCCUGUGCCUGUUCCUGUCAUCACCAGAUACUCUCCUGAAUGUUCAUCAUUAUCAUCAGCAAAAUCGUCCAAAAGUGUGCUGCUGUGUUCAGUGUUGAAUGUGAGUCAUGUGACUCUCUCCUGGUACAAAGGAAACAGUUUAUUGUCCAACAUCAGUGUGUCUGAUCUCAGUAUCAGUCUCUCUCUACCUCUGGAGGUGGAAUAUAAGGAUGAAAACACCUACAGCUGUGUAGUGAACAAUCCCGUCAGCACCCAGACCAAACAUUUGGACUUUGAUCAGCUCUGUCAGACAUGUUCAGACUAAGACAUCAGGAGUCAAAAAGAGCUGUAAUCUGAUUGGUCGUGUCUGCUGUGGUGGGAGUGACAGCUGUUGCUGUACUGGUGUAUGACAUCAGAUAGAGAAGAUUUGAACUGGAGAGGAAAACUAUGUUCAACAAACAUUAAAAAUGUGUUUCAUUUGGAUGAUGUGUUUUUAUAAGUUGCAUAUUUGGCAUAAUUUGUUAAACAGUUGUCAUGAAAAAUUAAUGAUUUUUAUGCAUGUUUAGCUCAAUUUUUGUGGACUAAAUAAAUAGCUAAAAAAGAGGCAAAAGUAAGAACACACACACACAAAACUGCAUGCUUUUCAUGCACACACAUAUAAAUGUGAAUAUUUGUCUGAGCUUGAAGCCCUUCCUACAUGAAUCUCAUCCCGUCAAAGCGACUUUACUUUGGGAUAAAAACUAUCUAGUCUAUUCAGUUUGCACAUACUUUUGAGACUCUAGCAACUCCAUUUCUGAGUCAAAGCGAAACCUGCUCUGGUUUGAGUUUAACUGGCAGACUAAUCAUAUAAUUGUGGGUUCUGCUAAGGGGACAAACAUCUUGUUCCUGUUCACUGCUGCAUGUGUGCAGUUAAUUUAUGGGUAAUGGCCAAGAUAUUAUUUUCCUUUAAGACAGAUUUUCACUCUACACAAAACAGAUACAUUAUAGAACAAAGCAGUGAACCCAUAAACAGUUAGAUUUGAUUUUUAUCAAACAAAAUUCAAGCACUUUGUAUGUCCUUGAUGAUCCCUUCCCUACUGCUACCUGUGUGCCCGGAAUCUCUAUUCAGUAAAAUCACUAUUAAAUAUGUCAUGGAAACAAAGCUUGCUUCUGGGUUGUUAUUUUAUGGUGUUAUAAAAGGCUUUAUAAAAGGAUAUAAAGUGAGAUACAAAACUGAACUAUGACACCAGAUGCAUUCAUACAUGGAAGCGUGCAGACUGAAAGAGUUGUUGUUUUUUGCCUGAUUGGCAAAAACUGGUUUUAUCGGGUUGACUUAAUGCAAGUUACUUAGACAUAGUAUUUAAAAAAUUAAACAAUGUUUAAUGGGAUUCUGUAGUGGUUCAUGAAAUCAACCUCAGUUUUUCAUUGGCUGCAUGAUCAAAAGAUUUGUUCACCUCUUUUAAAAACACUUUCUAUCUAUGAAUAAAUUACCUCUGUUUAUAAAAUGUAAUUUUAUAUGC